ACCCCUAAGCCCAGUGCAUCUGCUCUAGUCACGGGCAGCUUCACACUCGCCGGCUACUCUCUCUGACGGCUCCGCAUUUCGAUACAUCGCUCUAGCAUUAUUCUUGCCUCUUCACCAGCCCAACUCAAUUUCGCGACGCUGUCUAAACAUGAGCAUGCCCAUUGCAGUGCCAUCUGCGUUUUUUGCCUCCUGUCGCGGGGAGUAGACCCGGAGCUGGGGAGAGGGAGAAAAACCUCUCUCUUCUCUCACCAUCACUUGCCCAAUCUCAUACGGGCAGUGGUUGCGAACCGACAGUGAAGGACAGAGUUAAUUAAAGCGUAUUUAUUUAACCUUUCUCUUUGAAACAAAUACGUGCAUCCUGCCUCACACUCCGGGGAUUGGUUGGGUCCAGAGGAAAGGAAGGGAAACGUUAAGUUUUUUGUUAUUGCUGUCGUGGAAAUUAUUCGGAAGGGCUCCGUUUUCUCCUCGAAAUUGCUCUAGCUAAUAAAUUCACGAACCCUGGAUUAUGGAUGUGGAGUCGGUGGAGAAGGAGUGCGGGGCGCUUGGUGGGCUUUUCCAAGCAAUUGUCAAUGACAUGAAGUGCUCAUACCCUGUGUGGGAGGACUUCAGUGCCAAGGCCACCAAGCUGCACUCCCAGCUCCGGACCACAGUACUGGCGGCGGUGGCCUUCCUGGACGCCUUUCAGAAGGUGGCAGACAUGGCAACCAACACCAGAGGAGCCACCAGGGACAUCGGAUCGGCGCUCACCCGCAUGUGCAUGAGGCAUCGCAGCAUCGAGGCCAAACUGCGCCACUUCACCAAUGCUCUGAUGGAGAGUCUGAUCACACCGCUUCAGGACCGCAUAGAGGACUGGAAGAAGACAGCCAACCAGCUGGACAAGGACCACGCCAAAGAGUAUAAGCGGUCUCGUCACGAGAUAAAGAAGAAGUCCUCUGACACCAUGAAGCUGCAGAAGAAAGCUCGCAAAGAACUGCAGGGCCGCGGGGACCUGCAGCCCCAGCUGGACAGUGCCAUGCAGGACGUGAACGACAUGUACCUGCUGAUGGAGGAGACGGAGAAGCAGGCGGUGCGGCGCGCCCUGGUGGAGGAGAGGGGCCGCUUCUGCACCUUCAUCGGCUUCCUGCAGCCUGUGGUGAAUGGAGAGAUUGCCAUGCUGGGAGAGAUCACUCACCUCCAGGCCAUUAUUGAUGACCUCACUGUGCUGACCACUGACCCCCACAAACUGCCUCCUGCCAGCGAGCAGGUAAUCAAGGAUCUGAAGGGCUCAGACUACAGCUGGACUUACCAGACCCCUCCCUCAUCCCCCAGCAGCUCUGGCUCCAGAAAGAGCAGCAUGUGCAGCAGCGUGAACAGCGCCCACAGUAGCGCCUCUCGCUCGUCCGGAGGCUCGCAGACUCACUCACCCAGUUCAUCCUGUCGCUACCGCAGCCUGGCGCAGCCACCACCAGGGGGAGCCCACCGCCUCAGCAGCGUCUCCUCACAUGACUCUGGGUUCAUCUCGCAGGACGCCAACGUCUACUCCAAGCCUCCCUCGCCCAUGCCCUCGGACAUAACUAGCCAAAAAUCUUCAAGUUCGGCAUCCUCAGAGGCAUCAGAGACCUGCCAGUCAGUGAGUGAGUGCAGCUCACCUACAACGUUUGGCUCGUCCUUCGCUACCUUCCGCCCUGCUCUCUCUCACACUGGCUCCAUCAGGCCUUUCUCUGUCAUACUUCCUGCGUCCCCACCCUAUAACCGCUCCCCCGGAUCCAACACCUCCUCUCCCACAUCAAAGGUUCCUUGCUGGAAGGACUGGUCCAAGCAAGGGGCCUGUGAGCAGCCUCUAGCCACCACGCUUCAGAGGAGGAAGGAGCCCGUGGACCGGCCCAGGGAGGCGGAGGUGGCCGCCGGCCCACAGGGCUACGCCGGCAUGCACCCAGAGGACCCGCAGCGGCACAGGAUGCACCCGGCCUCCAUCGCUGCCAAGCAUGGGGAUGAAGUGUCCCCCGCAGCGAGUGACCUGGCCAUGGUCCUGACGCGUGGCCUGAGCAUGGAGGGCCAGAAGAGCAGCCGCGACUCCCUGCAGUACUCCAGCGGCUACAGCACCCAGACCACCACCCCCUCCUGCUCCGAGGACACCAUCCCCUCACAAGGGUCUGAUUACGACUGCUACUCUGUGAACGGCGACACCGAGGCAGAUGGCCAGGCUGACUUUGACAAGUCCUCCACCAUCCCGCGCCACAGCAACAUCGCCCAGAACUACCGGCGCAUGAUCCAGACCAAGCGACCCGCCAGCACGGCCGGCCUGCCCAGCGGGGCGGGCGCCCAGGGGGGGCCGUCAGGGGGAGGUGGAGGGGGCGGCGUGGGCACCCCGGGCACUGCCACCAUCCGCCGCACGCCCUCCACCAAGCCUGGCGUGCGCCGCACCCUGUCCAGCGCUGGGCCCAUCCCCAUCCGGCCGCCGAUCGUGCCCGUGAAGACGCCCACUGUGCCGGACUCGCCAGGCGGUGGGGUCGGGGGCGGCGGCGGCGGCUACCCAGGCCCGCCGGUGCGCGUGGGCAGCGAGGAGUGUGUGUUCUUCGCGGCGGAUGACGCCACGGCCGGCGCGCUGGAGUACGUCAAGGCCUCGCCCAAGCGCCUGAGUCUGCCCAACACGGCCUGGGCCAGCGGCGGCGUGGAGAUGAGCGUGUACGGCCACGCCGGCCACCACGAGGAGGACCAGCUGCUCGCCGCCAACCGCCACAGCCUGGUGGAGAAGAUCGGCGAGCUGGUGGCCAGCGCCCAUGCCCUGGGCGAGGGCCAGUUCCCCUUCCCCUCGCUGCCCGACGACCCGCCGCCCGGCCCCACCGGCCAGCACCAGUCCAGGUCACGCGACGGCGAGGACAUGCUGGUGACCAUCCGGCGCGGCGUCCGGCUCCGCAAGACCGUCUCAAACGACAGGUCAGCGCCCAGGAUUUUGUGAUGGUCUACACCUAAAGGGGCGGGAAGAAGGGGAAAGCCACCAACUACAUGGACUCCCCCGCCAACCCCAAUACCCUCUGACUGUGUAGAGAAUGACAUACGAAAAGAGGCUUAAAAAUAAUAAUAAUAAAAAAAGAGUCGUUAGAGUAAAUAAAUAAUAACAAAAAAAAACGUAAUGAUAAUUAAUGAAGUAAAUAAUGCCGUAUUGAGAGGUUGAUGCCUCCGUAACUUUAGCGUGUCUGGACGCAUGUUUGUCUUAUUAACACCAUCACCACUAGGGGGAGACUCGCACUGGAGCUGGACGCUGGGACUGUUGAGAGACCGAGGAACCUGCUCUUCCUGCCAAAUUAACCACCCUUACACACACAGACACACACACACACACAAACAGAAACACAAACCUACAUACACACACACUCUGCCAAUGCCAAUACCCCCAGUGCCACCCCCUCACCCUCUAUGUAGAGACAUGGAGGGCUACUGCAGGGUGUUGAGAGCCAGUAGAUGGAGGUUGCUUUCGGGGCUUGCUUGUGAAACCUCGUCUCACUUGCUCCCAGGUCCCACCCUCCCUCCUAUCAAAGUCCACCUCUGAGGCUCUGCGUCACCCCACUGGCACACACCGUGGUAACUUAGCCCUUAGCUGUUGUCUGUGAUUGGUUUGAGUGUCUGUCAGUCUUGGCUGGAGGGGUGCAGGGGGCUCUGCUGCAGGUCAGCUGGUGGCUUUGUAGGGGGGGCGGGUUGGUGGGAGGGGUCUUUUGGGGGAGAGUGGGUGCUGGAACAGAGGGACAGCUUUCCUUUACUGAUGUUUGUCAUCCUCUGUAGUCUCUGUUGCGUAACCUCUUUAUGUUCCCACUUUAAAGGUUUUAGUGAGUUUAUACCAGGCGUAUAUUUUGUAGAACCAGAGUGAAAAUGCCAAUAUGAAAUGGAGCAAUAAAUGGGUCCUUUGCUUUUUGUCCAGUGGGCAGGUGGACAUUUAAGAUCAGUGUGUAUCUUAGCCAUAGAUCUUUCUUUAGUUCUGUGUUUCAGGCAGUCUUCAGGCUCACAUAAAAGAGUGUGGACUUUAUCCACCCCCUGACUAAUAUAUUACUGAGAAAAAAAGAAAAAAUAAACUUUAGCACUUUGAAGGUGAAUUCAUUGUGGCCACUAGGUGUCACUGUGGUCCCAUUGUGUGAGUUGCAUUAGGGAGGGGAAGGCAGCAGAGCGCCCAGUACUGGGGAUUAGAAUGUAAGGAAGGGAAGAAGGAAGGAUGGAAAGAAAGGAAGAACAAAGACAGGACGAGGAAGUGAAACAGAAGAAAAGUUAUACAAGAUGGAAGGGGGUUACGUAGGCAUAUUUUUGUAUCCUGAAGAAAUUAGUUUUACUUAAUCGGGUAUGUAUUCAUUACCUGUUGAAAGCCUCAAACAAAGAAACCCCAGGUAGUGUUGAAGGCUCAUGAAGGACGUGGGGAUGAGACAGGUAGUCAUGCAGAAGACCAGAGGUGUAACUCUGUGACCCAGAGAAAUGAUCACUUCAAGGUGACAGCAGAGCGAGAGAAAAAGGAGAAAGAUGAAAGGAUGAGAAAGUGAUGUGAAUGGAAUAGAGUAGCCAUCCAUGUUUUUAUUAAAGCAUUCCACUGCCCUUGGAAGGUGAAGUGAAUUUAAGAAGCAAUCACUCCGCAAUAUAGCCUACAUAUUAUGCCUAAACAAGUCCCUAAUGUGAAAACAAACAGUACAGGAUAAAAUGGUGUGUUGUUGCUUUCAUGAGAGAAAAGGACUAGCUGUUUGAUUUGAAUCUUGGACAGAGAAAAAAACAACGACUUUGGCUUUUGAUGUAGGGCAGGACUAAAAAACGUAGUUCUGUCAGUUUUUAGGUGUCCAACCAACUUUCUGUAUGCACUCUCCUCCCGAAAGCACCCUGCGCACACUGUUGAAACCCCCAGUCACCACUACAGUUCUGCAUAUGAAUUGACACCUAAUACUAAGUUGAUUUCUUCUGUUGUCAUUUUAUUGCUCUCAAUUUUUUAAUAAUUUAUUUUACAUAAAUAGAGCACUCUGUUUUAGGAAUGCCUGUAGCUUAUUAAAGAAAAGUAAGUAAAACAAUUAAAAAGAAAGAAAAUACAGAAAAGGAGGACAUGCUUCUCAAAUGGAAGAGAGUAAAAAAUGUGUGCAAGAGCAUUCUCCCUGUCACUGUAGUUAGUGAGUGCUGAUUGGAGGGGAUUUGGGAGACGGAAGACAGAUGGAGGGAUGGAGGAAUGACAGGCGAUGGGGAGUGGGAGGGACCAGCAGAUCACCAGUGUUGGCCCCAGUGACCCUGCCCAGCCGCAAGUUGCUGGAUCACCAGAGAGUCCCAGAGAACUUUCCGGAAAGCACAGGUCAUGACUCUGUAUAUAUAUACAUAUAUACAUACAUAUACUGUUUAAGAAGGUGAACACUAAUUGUACUAGUUGCAUUGCUAAAACAAAACAGAAACAUAUGUUUCACACAAAUAUUGUCUAGCAGUACUGAGGAAAAGGGCAAACGUCAAGUGUACAGGAUAUGAGAGCAAUAUGGCAAUGUUUUUAGUUGAAUUUACAAGAAAAGAAUACAUAUCCAACAGUAAAAUAUCCAGUACUUGUAUACUGUUUCUUAGUGUGCUGCGUAUCAAGUUAUAAUCUCAAUUUCUUUUUUAUUCUUGAAUUGUUGAAACAGUUUGUGUCCAUUAAAGAUGCUCCAUAAAGUCAUUAAGAUACAAAGAGAGAGAAAGGCAAGAACGAGCGAGACAUUACCUGCCGACUAACAGAUAUGAUUUACCCAAGACUAGCUGCUAAAGCUACUUAAUUAUGAUAAUUAAGAUUGCCAGUGAUGGACUGUAAAGACAGGAACUUGACAGAGAGAAAGAACUGGCAGCAGCUCCAAGAUGACAGGAACUAGUGUAUGCCAGCUCUCUCUCCUAUGAUUUUCCUCUUGCUUGUUUGCUUUUCAAUGACCAGAACAAAUUCUUAUGGUCACCACUGUGCCAAGUCUCCAAACGCCAAUGCAAACACACACACAUAGGCUCCCUUAUCUAUAGAUUGACUCACUUUCCCUUCUUUCUCUCUCUCUCUCUCUCUCUCUCUCUCUCUCUAUUUCACCACGGUUCGCCAUUCAGCCACAUUGCGUGUUCUCACACGUUCCUAUUCAGUUUCCUCUUCAUCCUCCAUUUUCUACCCCUCUUGUCAAGCGCCAAAGUCCAGAACUGCUUCAAUACCUGAACAACCACACACCCAACUCAGAGAGGGGUUUCACCUUGACAGUCUGCCAAGGGUGAAAAGCCACUUCUAGCAUAGCUGACUGGCAUGUCAAGGCUGACAACAACUCUGGCUAACAAUCUCACACUAUGGACGUGUUAAUCCUCCUCGAGCAGAAAUUGUAGUUACUUAUCCAUGAGGUAUAUGGUGUGACUUCUUUGAGGGAGGCUGAGCUCUCUGCGUGAAGGGAAGCCACAGGUCGCGCAGCGUCACUUUAGCUUCAGCACCGGGGCAGCAACAGGAGGGCCACGGCAGAAGCCAAUGCGCCAGGGAGACUGCUGCUCCCCUGCCGAGUCGGAGGCGCUCGAUACUGCUGACAAUACAGCCCCCCUCUUCGCUUCCACAGCAUGGCCUCCAGCACACUCACUGAAACCUUGCCUUUUGGUCGAUUUGACAAAAGGUGUCUUUAUUUCUCUGCCUCUCUCUCUCUCUCACUCACUUACUCUCUCUGUCUUCUGUGAUCUUGAAUUUGAAAGCGCUAACAUUUUCUUCUGCCUUUGGAAUUGAACCUUUGCCAUGUUCUACUGUGUCUCCAACUAAGCAAGAGUUCUGUAUAUAAAAGUCCAUUCGGUCUAAGACAACUCAUCUUAACUCACUGGUGUUCCACUAUGUUUAAUUACUGUCAUUUGUCUCAUGUAGUGCUGACAACAGAGCUCUGUUUGCUAUUCCUGUACGUGUGAAUUUGUCUGAAUGGUAGGAGGCUGCUGCUUAAGAUACAUAUUCCACAAUCUCCAAGGAAGCCUUUCUGAUUCAGUCUUACUGUAACUCACUUCAGCCUGGGUACCACAGAUCACAGACGCUAUUAUUUAGACUGAACAAAAGAAGAUGAAGCCUAAUUUUAUUCAACAUGUUGAAGGUUGUUGACCACUGGCCCUAAAUCACUGAGUGGCCCCCCUCCCAUUCUGCCCCUUAAGACACCUCUACGAUGUGACGGUCAAGCCCAUUUUGGUUGUGGAGAUGGAGGCAGAGAAAGUUGUGCUUCACAGCCUCAGUGCCCUUCCCAUGUUCGGAGUCCCUGAAGGUCUCCAUUAGCCUUACUGUGCCCUGGGUUGUGUCUGGCCAUUACCACAGCUCACAAUGCAAUGCCUUGAAAUUGCAGACAUGUGUGUGCAUAUAGCACCGCACAUAACCACAUCUACUGUGAUCCUCGGAAACAUGUACUCUUGGUAUACUUGGCAUGCACCUUCAUUUCCUCCAGGAAAGUGGAGAAAUAUUUUUGUGUCAACACACCCACAAAGGAAGCUCAGGUGUGGGCUGAGCUGACACGUAUUGGCCUUGCAAAUAUUACACUUUAUAUUUUUUGUUUGCCUGCAGAUCCAGUCCUGGCAAAAACCCUUUGCAUCCCUGCUUCCAUAAUCAAACCACUAUUCUCCUUUUUCACCUCCACGGCCCAAACUUACGGGCUGUUUCUCUGUUCUUCGAUAGUAAAGGCCAUUAAACUAAUGUACAUCGUAACACAAGGCUGCGUCAGGCCAUGUCAUCCAUUGCCCAUGCUCUCCUUCCCAACCUCUUUACCCUGUCCUCCCUCUGGCCAAGUAGUUGAGCCAGGGGCGACUGCCGCAAAAUAGUUAUCAUGGUAUCUAAAGAGAAUGUCUUUAUCAGUUUGGUCUAUCUCUGACUUCUACCAUGUCAAUACAACACAGGCUGAUUAACUAAGUUAUGUAUCCCGUGCAAACUCAAAAACAAUGCAUCUCUAAACUUGACUUUGCCAGCAUUGUCACAGCACUCUUAAUUCUCCUUAUCGUGAAGAGAUAUGAUGUGUGCGUUUGUUUUUUUUUUUUAUGUUAUUUUUUGUACAAAUCCCCUCCCUCGAAUGGAGUCAAGUAACGCUACAGGUGCUGUUGUCUCUGUCUAUCUUCUUUCUCUCUUCUACUUUCUCUUUAAUUUAUUGUGUUCUUAUUUUCAAAGGCAAAGUUGCCUCUGUUGCUGAUGACAAAUUUUCCUUUUUGUAAUAUUUAUCCUUUUAAUUUUGUUAACUUUAGUCACUGCUAAUGUAACAAAACGCACUGUGAUGAUUCCAGUAUUAAUAAAAGUUGUACUUAAACUGUG